GUGGUUGGUUCUGAGGACACGGGUCCAACCCUCCUCUUAGUCCCACAUCCAGAUCACGUUUCUCAGUCUGCUCAGAACUCAGUCCGGACUUGGGUAUGGACACUCCUGGGAAAGCAGAGGUCACACAGACUGAGACAGAGAAGGUGAAUCCAAAAUCGAGUGAGCAGGACCCUGGUAGGUGUUGGAGCUCCUGCCUGAAGAGAAUACAGGCCUGGGUACCCCAGAAGUACCAAGAUGAGCUGACACAAUUGCUUAAACUGGCGGGGCCGGUGGUGAUUUCCCAGAUGAUGAUCUUCAUGAUCAGCUUUGUCAGCACCGUGUUCUGUGGCCACCUGGGAAAACUUGAACUAGCAGGAGUAACGUUAUCGAUCAUUGUGGUUAAUGUCACCGGUCUCUCCAUCGGUACAGGCCUGUCCUUAACUUGUGAUACUCUCAUAUCUCAGACUUAUGGAAGCGGUAACCUGAAGCGUGUGGGGGUGAUUCUCCAGAGGGGGGUUCUGAUUCUGCUGCUGGCUUGUUUCCCCUGCUGGGCCGUCCUCGUCAACACCGAACCUCUGCUGCUCGCCGUCAAACAGAACCCAGAGGUGGCCAGACUGUCUCAGAUGUACGUGAACAUCUUCAUGCCUGCACUGCCGGCUGCUUUCAUGUACCAGCUACAGGGAAGGUAUCUCCAAAAUCAGGGAAUAAUUUGGCCCCAAGUCAUAACUGGAGCAAUCGGAAAUGCACUAAAUGCAGUGAUCAACUAUUUCUUCCUCUAUCAUCUGGAGUUGGGUAUUGUUGGAUCGGCAGCAGCCAACGCCAUCUCACAGUACUUACUGGCCGUGGUGCUGUUUGUUUACAUCUGGGUGAGGGGUCUUCACAAGGCCACAUGGGCAGGCUGGUCCCUCGACUGUCUCCAGGAGUGGGGCCCGUUCAUCAAACUGGCCAUUCCCAGCAUGCUCAUGCUUUGUUUGGAGUGGUGGAUGUUCGAACUGGGAGGGGUCCUGUGUGGUGUGAUCAGUGAGGUUGAGCUUGGCACUCAGUCCAUCACAUACCAACUGGUCGUUAUAGCAUAUAUGUUUCCUUUUGGAAUCUCAGCAGCUGCCAGCGUUCGAGUUGGGAAUGCUCUUGGUGCAGGAAAUGUUGAGCAGGCCAAGCUGUCCAGCAAAGUUCCCAUCAUCUGUGCAUUGAUUAUUGCAUGUUUUGUUGGAGCCGGUUUUGGCGCAACUAAAGACGUCAUCGGACACAUUUUCACUUCAGAUCAAGACAUCUUACAGCGGGUCGCUGACGUCCUGAUCAUAUUUCCCUUUGCUCAUCUUGCUGAUGCUGUCGCAGGAGUCACUGGUGGAGUCCUCAGAGGAGCAGGUAAACAGCUGAUCGGGGCCUUCUGCAACCUGGUGGGUUACUACUUCAUCGGCUUCCCCAUUGGCAUUUCCCUUAUGUUUGCAGUCAAGAUGGGGGUUGUGGGACUUUGGGCAGGACUCACAGUCUGUGUGUUUGCACAGUCGGUUUUCUUUGUCAUGUUUUUGUACAAACUUGACUGGAAGAAAGCUGCAGACGAGGCUCUUGUGAGAGCAGGAGUGCAGAUUAAAGAAGAUAACGAGUUGACCAAUAUGGAAAAUACAGACUGCAAUCAGCUCAGCGCUGCAGAAUCAAGUCCUGACCCAGAGGACCACACAAACGAGGAAGUGCAGACUCCAGACCAGCAUAAAUCCACCUCCAUCACCGUGGGAGAUGUUCUGUCCAAGUCUCAGCUGGUCGUGCGGCGAGGCCUGACAGUGCUGCUGAUGCUCACAAUCCUCGCUGCUGGACUCGUCAUCUCAUUCAUCCUGACUAAGCUGCUGAAGUGACUUGCCUUCAUGAUGUAAAGCAGUCAGAUGCACACAUAGGGGACCGUUUCCUCCUCUCUCAGAAGCAGCAGAUGGCAUCUUUAUGUGGGAUUUAGGCAGAAAGUGUCUGAGUUUUUAUUAACCCUCCCACUGUCCGAAUGGGUGUGACCCAGUGAGGAAAGUUGACCGUUGAGCAGGGAUGA